UACAAAAAAUACAGACAGAAACUGCGUUUCGCUAAUAAUUCUUGGGUCUUGUUUCUGUUUUGAUUCGACUCGAAUCGCGAUAAUUUGAUUUUCCUCAAGCACAGCCCAUGCGAUUGCGUUGGUGGCGGCUGUUUAGUCUCAACACGCUCGAGGCGACGGCGGCGGCUCGGCGUUCAAUUAAAUUAAGUGCAGCGGGUUCCCCUUUCGUCUCUUUUUUAUUUUCCCUGUGGCAUGCCGCACCAGCACCGCAGAACGAGAUGUUCUCAAGUGCAGGCCAACUCAAGUGGCGAUCAUGCCACUUAGGCAACGGACUGAAAACGAGCCUUGGAUGGGAACUACUCAAGACGAAGGGCAAGGAGCAGGGGAUCAGAUCUCGAGAUCUCGGGGGAAGUAGACACAUUCAAUUGCUUUUCCAAUAUAUUGAUCACUCGAGGGAAACGCGAGUGUGUAUCUUUUGUUCGUGUCACCAGCAAUUUGCUGUCCUCAAUUACGAGUGUUUUCCUUUGUGGUGUUUUCCUACGGAUCUAAUGAGUUGCCCAGAAGAACUAGGGAUGCUGCAGACUCAGAAGGUCGGGUCUGUAUACUUCCCCUAUUGUCGUCGAGGGAAUCAAGCGUUAUCAACCCCUUGAGGGUUUAGUUUUAAUUGAAAUCCCCUGGGUAAUGCGUAUGGCAAGAAUGUGGAAUUCGGAACUUAAAAAAUUAAACGAAGAAAUUUAAGUAAACUUAAAACUCAAGGUUCUAAAAUGUUGAACCUAUUACAAGCUGUGACACAGGUAUUGCGUGAUUUCGCCGAUCCCCGAUAAGCCUUUUUAUGUUUUGUUAAACAAAAAACAAGCUGAAAACAUGCAAACUACUGUAAUGGGACGCAGCUUAAGCUAUAUAACUCAUGAAAAGCUAAUUGAAUUCAGUUACUUCUGGACAAGAUGCUACCACGUACGUUGCUGCCGAUUGUGGGAAGACUAUGGCUAAUAGUUUUACUAGCAAAUCACUGCACUGGCGCGCGUAAGUGGACCUACCAGCCAUUGUCUAUUGAAACCUACUCUACGGAUGAUAACCUGCUAAAGAUUUCGGCCAAGGUUGAUCGAAUCGGUCGGGGAGACUAUGGCAUUUCGGCGGAAAUCGAGUUUAAGUACGAUGUGGACGAAACUACCAUGGUUGAGGCAGUGGCCUAUCGCAGCAGCUCCGGAGAGGAAAACGACUAUAAGAUUAUUCCCUUGAGCAUCCCGAAACAGAACUAUAUCGAGUUUAUGAACAGUAACUAUAAGGACGUGGUGAUUCCCAACCUGAGCGGCUGCUCCAAUCUUAUCACGUUCGAGGACAAAUUCGAGCCACCGUUUCCCAAGGACACCUAUAAACUGGACAAGUGCGUGGCCGACAGCGAUGGCUUUCCGGACAUAGUCCCCGAGGGCUAUUACAAGGUCAACUUCACCAUGUCGGGUCAGGUGGACUGGGGCUUCAUUAUCAUCGUGAAGAUCUCAAAUAAACUUAUGUGAACCUAAUGGAUUUAAGCGAUCACGUAUGAUGAUUUGCAAUAAAUAUAUAUGAUAUGUUCAUAUUAAAUCCAAUAUAUAUCUUUCUGAAGAAUGUAUAAAUUUAAUUAGAUUUCGUUUGCAAUAAAACCAGCUUCAAAGACAA